UUAACGAGGGAUUCCCCCUCUCUGACUCACUCACUGUCCAACUCUCGUUACGUAAACAUGCCACUUCCUCGAAGCGAAAUUGUGCGUUUUGUGGGGCUCCUGUCCCAACACAGGGACUUAAAAAUCACAGUGAGUGAAAGUUUCAAGGGGGCUGCCAUCACCGGCCUUGGUGCUUUGUUGGGUGGUUUAUUGGGCGGCCCGCGCGGAUUAGCAGUAGGUGGUGUAGCAGCGGCCGUCUUUGCCGGCAUUUCGGGAUCUGGUAAAUAUAAAUCGGCGAUCGAAGUGGUGAUGCAGGAUUUGACAGAGCCACAAAGACAGGAACUUGCGGAUUCGGUGAUGUCGGCGUUGAGGAGAGUGGAUUGGACUUCGAUUGCCAGUGCUACCACCCUGAUGACGCUGGUUACCAGCGAUACCGUGCUCGAAGGGGCCGUCAUUGACGUCAUGCAGAGCUUCUUUAGUGACAUCGGAAUGUCAUUGACUUUUUAAUGAAUUUGUUGGCAAUUUUUCAAUAAAUAGGUUACUAAUUAAA